CACGUGGCAUUUCAUCAAACACACAGUCACAAAAUAAAACUAAUAAAAUAUUCGAAAUCCGAUUAUUAGUUUUGGACCCAUGCUAGAUUCCGCAUUUAUUUUUAUUUCCCUCCCAUGCAUAACAUUUUUUAGUACUUUGAUUCAGCAAUUAUGCUUUUCGCUGCUACAUUUGUCGUCACUGCUUCUUCUUCACCUCUCUCUUUCUUCUUCAAUUGUUCUUCUUCACUAGGGUUUACAAAUUAACCCCAAACACAAGAACAGCAUUCAUGGGGACAAUAUGCUUGCUGUGUGGCGAUAGGGGAUUCGCUAAGGCCUUUGUGGACUGUGUCAAUUGUCUCGAUGCUUCUGUGCACCUCUACUGUCUGGGACUAGAUCUGGAUGCGAUAGAAGAAACUUGGGAUGAAGAUAUUCAUUGGGUUUGCGAAGAGUGUGAUGAAACAGAAUCAUAUAUAGUUUCGACGGAUAUUGAACCCUUUUCCGAAAUCAGAGAAAAUGAAGACGAUUCCUCGACAGUUCAAACAGAGGAGGAGCGUGUUUACGAAGAUGACGUUGAGCAGUCAUAUGAAGGUAUUACUCGUACGCAAUUACUGUGGAAGGAAAAUGCCAAGUGUAAUUGGAGGAAAAAGAGAAGUGUUAAAAAAUCAACUGUGGAGAAAUACGAGCACAGACGUUGUAGUGGACCGUCCAACCAAUCUUAUGAGGAACACGUGAAAACGGACGUAAACGAGUGCACCAGAUCAAAGGAUGAUGCUACACUGUCGUCUGAAAUGAAAGAAAACGAGGCGCUCGGUUUAGAAAAUCAUUGUUCCGAAAACGACCAUAUUGAAAACGAAGAGGAAGAACCGAUAGAUGUAGAAAAUGAUUUUCGAGAAAAUAAUUUACUUAUCUCAUCUGUUGCGCCAGUUGUCAUGCCAGUAUGGAGGGGAAGUUUUAGUAUUUGGAACGAAAAUCAUGAUAUAAUAGAUGGGAUUCUUGCUCACAUGUCGAACAAAGCAUGCGAAAAAGUAAACGAGGAGGCGUCUCAGUUUCAAACGGUGCUUUAUCUUGAAAUGCUUCCAAAAACUGAUGUAUGGCCUAAAAGUUUCGAGGAAUCAGAACCGACUGGUGAUAGUAUUGCACUAUAUUUCUUUCCAUCAGAGAUAAGCGAACGAAUUUUCGACGGGUUGGUGGAGGAAAUGAUGCAUAAAGAACUUGCGUUGAAAGCCCCUGUGCACAAUGGCGAGCUUUUGAUUUUCACUUCAAAGGAAUUGCCAAUCAUGUACUGGAGAGUUCAAAGCAAGUAUUAUCUAUGGGGAGUAUUUAGGAGUAAUAAGCAGAGUAGCAAAUCGCAUUCUCGUUCAUAUACAGAGGAAUUGGAUGAAAACAGCCCUACAACAACAACACCUACAAAGUUACCGAGUGCAACGGAUGGUGCGAAAACUGAAAGAAGAAAGGGGAAACAAUUGGAUGAUGCUUGGAGACAUGCCAAUCUAUUGGAUGGAUCGAGACAGAAGGCAGAGUGCAGGUUUUGUGGGUUUAUUUCUUGGUACGGAGGCAUUUCGCGCCUAAAGGCACACCUAGGUGGAGGUGAACCUAGAUUUCGGUUACCAGGUUGCGAUAAGGUGUCACCUCAAGUCAAGAAAGUGAUGUCUGAUUGGUUCACUGAAUGGGUUAAAAGCACCAAAGCUGCUUGGACCACGGAAACGAAAGUUAUUUCAGCCGAAAGAAAAGGAAGACAGCCAGAUAGUGCAUGGGAACAUGUAAAGCCGUUGAACGAGGCUAGGACAAAGGCACAAUGCAAUUACUGUGGCUUCGUUUCUUGUUACGGUGGAAUUUCCCGUUUAAAGGCUCAUUUAGCAGGCGGCUCUCCUCAAAUGCAGGUAACGGGUUGUCUUCAGGUGCCGUUAAAAGUUCAAACAGUCAUGGAACAGUGGUUUAAUAGCUGGACAAAAGGUAACGCUAAUCCUUGUAAGAGGGGACGGACUACUCCGGAUCAGAUGACGAAUACGAGCAUGAAACACGUAAAGACUUCAAAAAUGAAUACAAGGGAAGACUCUCAAUCUACAUGAGAUCGAAUUUGAAAUUCGAUUACUUGAGAGUCAGCAUGAUUUACAUUCCGAUUAAUUAUUUUUGAAACUCAAGAAAUUAGUUUUGGACAAUUUACUGAGGCUUUGUUAAAUAUAAGAAAGUUAGUGAGACAUCUUUUUUGUAAUGUACUGGGAAAUCAUAUGACCAGAUUCUCUGUCCAACAUUAAUAUUUGGAAGGACAUGUUUCUUUAAUUCUUGUAUAUUAAAAAAAAAAUAAAAAAAAGUCCUAUGUAACUGUUCUUACAGGAUAAUAAUGAGAAGGCAAAUACUGCUAUUUUGGUGUUAGUUAUUAAAGUCGUUCGAAUUUGCGUCUGUAUCAUAAUCUGAAAUUUUUAUAAUAAUAAAGAAUAAAUAAGUUUAAA